UUUUUAGCGGGUAUCGACACAUCAUCAGCGGACAAUGCAGCUCUAGCAGAAAAAAUGUGUGAAUAUAUUGUGAAAUUCAGAAGUGAAAACAUAAGCAAAAAAUAUAUGUCGUCAUUCAAUAGGUGGUCAAAAUUCAUUACGAACAAAGGAAAAUCAGCUAUUCCAGCCAAUUCAAUGCAUGUCGCUCUUUAUCUAACGUAUUUGUUGAAUAUCGGAUGUUCUUUUCAUGUUAUAUCCAGUGCUGUGUACGCUAUCAAGUGGGCGCAUUCCAUUUUAGGAUAUGAAGAUCCAACAAAACAUCAAUUCAUUAAAAAUAUAGUAGAAGCUUCCAAACGCAACAACAAAGCCAGAGUUAUCAAAAAAGAAGUCGUCACGACUAAAGAUCUCGUAUUAUUGUGUGAUAUUUAUGCAGAUAGUUCCAGUUUAAUGGAAGUGCGUGAUAUGUGCAUGAUUCUACUUUCCUUUGCAGGUUUUUUACGCUACGAGGAACUAAGUUCACUUCGUUGUUCAGAUGUUAGAUUUUUAGAUGUAUACGUCAAAAUUUUCAUCAACAAAAGCAAAACUGACCAAUAUAGACAAGGAAACGAAAUACUAAUUUCAGCGGGUGUUACUUCGGCUUGUCCGGUAAAAAUGUUGCAACGUUAUAUAUCGCUAGGAAAUAUAGACAUUUUUUCUGAUCAUUUUUUGUUUAAGUCCGUGUUUAAAUCCAAGGAGGGUUUAAAGUUAAUAUACAUAAAUAAAAAACUGAGUUACACACGAGCAAGAGAGUGCAUGUUAUCAAAACUUAAAUCCGUUAUGGGAAAUGUCAACAUUGGUCUUCAUUCCUUACGAUCGGGAGGCGCGACAGCAGCAGCAAAUUCCAACGUGAACGAGCGAUGUUGGAAAAAGCACGGACGAUGGGCAUCAGAUUUGUCUAAAGAAGGUUAUGUAAAAGACAGUUUAGAAAGCAGACUUUCAGUUUCAAAAAAUUUGGGAUUAUGAUAACAAACAAAAGACAGUCAGGUUACAUGUUUUGUUUUGUUGGUUUUUUUUUUCAGUACUUAAACUAUUUCGCAUAAUAUUUCAUACUUUGCUUACUUUUGAACAUUUAAUUCUAAGCUCGUCUGGCUCACACCUAAGUUGUGUUGUUCUUAAUGUGUUGGAAAUAUUCUUAUAAAGGUAUAUUAUACUAUAGUUUUCCCGCGUUUCGUAGAAUAGCGGGAAAAUGUUGUAUGAUAUUAACGUGUUCGAAUAGAUUCGCGUAGGAAUACAGGGCGGGGCCAUAGGAAGGCCAGUAUAAAAGGUCAGAGUUAAUAGUAAAGGUCAUUCUAGCCAGUUUCACUCAGCGCACAAAGCUUACAUUCUUUUUCAAGUUUUUUGAUGUCACUAUAUUUAGUGAAUUAUAUAGCAUUCCGUAAUUAAUAAUAAUAUUUAUAAUAAUGUAUGAAUAAGUCCGAUAUUCGCCCCUAGACGUUAUUUACACUUGCGUUCGGACACAGGUUUCCAUAGUUUUUUCAAAUAUUUUUUAACGUCAUUCAUGGGGAAUUAUAUUUUUUGUUACACUUUAUGUACACAUGAUAUCGAUGAUAUAUUAUCAUUAAAGGCCAGCUGCCCGCAAAGCUCGUCUGGCUCACACCUAAGUUGUGUUGUUCUUAAUGUGUUGGAAAUAUUCUUAUAAGUGUAUAUUAUACUUGGUUGGUUCCACCUCCAACUUUGAUACCAAAAGCUAUUAACAAGCUUGUUGCAGACAAUGCAAAAGCAAAUUAAUUGUGCCGGAAUGGAAAUCGGCUCCAUUUUGGCCGAUUUUGUAUGACGGUAAAAAAUUUAAAAAUUUUGUUUUGUCUUGG